AUGGCUGACGCUGCUCCCCGUGGACGUGGUGGUUUCGGUUCGCGCGGCGACCGUGGUGGUGAGCGUGGACGUGGCCGUGGUGGCCGUCGCGGCCGUCGUGGCCCCAAGCAGGAGGAGAAGGAGUGGCAGCCCGUCACCAAGCUCGGCCGUCUCGUCAAGGCCGGCAAGAUCACCUCCAUGGAGCAGAUCUACCUCCACUCUCUGCCCGUCAAGGAGUACCAGAUUGUCGACUUCUUCCUGCCCAAGCUCAAGGAUGAGGUUAUGAAGAUCAAGCCCGUCCAGAAGCAGACCCGUGCCGGUCAGCGUACCCGUUUCAAGGCCAUUGUCCUCAUCGGUGACUCCGAGGGCCACAUCGGUCUCGGAAUCAAGACCUCCAAGGAAGUCGCUACCGCCAUCCGUGCUGCUAUCACCAUCGCCAAGCUCGCUGUCCUCCCCGUCCGUCGCGGUUACUGGGGUACCAACCUUGGUGAGCCCCACUCUCUGCCCGUCAAGCAGAGUGGAAAGUGUGGUUCCGUCUCCGUCCGUCUCAUUCCCGCCCCCCGCGGUACCGGCCUUGUCGCUUCCCCUGCUGUCAAGCGUUUGCUCCAGCUCGCCGGUGUUCAGGACGCUUACACCUCCUCUUCCGGCUCCACCAAGACCCUCGAGAACACCCUCAAGGCCACCUUCGUCGCUGUCGUCAACACCUACGGUUUCCUUACCCCCAACCUGUGGGCCGAGAAUAAGCUCAUCCGCAGCCCUCUGGAGGAGUUCGGUGAUGUCCUCCGCCAGGGCAAGAAGUACUAG